UCUCUAGGCGCCUAGGAUCAGGUCACGUGAGGGAUUUUGAACGACAUUUUAGACGCACGCCCCAGCCCGCGCUGUUUGGACGUUGUUGUUUCUAGCUUGUCAACGGCGCAAAAUGGUCCGUAGCCCUGCGAGGUCGAAAGAGAGCAAAUGGGACCAUUUAAGGAGAAGACCUAGGUAUUUCAAGCCAACACACCGUUCUUUCACAGUUACUUGGAAAGACAGUACGCCUAAUACCACUGAAGAUGGCAAAGGCUCCUCUGGCAAUGUCUCAAGUGCUGAAGCCGUGCCUACUGGAAACCCUGUUAAUGACCCUCGUGCAAACCUUUUGGCGCAGUCAAAACUGGACUUGCUUGACAAGUCUCCAAGUUUGGAACUCGAUACAGUCCCUCCAUCAUACUCCACAUCACCCGACAGUGGGGAGGUUGUUAAUAAACACACAUUCGAAGUGGUGAGAAGUGGAUAUGAAAGUGAGCUAGAAGAAGACCCAGUUCCACAUCAUGUACCAAAACUGAGACUCUUGCCAUCAUCUGGAAAAGCCUUAUCUGAGCUGCUACCCAACUUUCAGCCUCGCAAGUCCAUUGGACUCUUGAGGCAUCUGUGCGUUGACUCACACCCACUUAUAAGUGAAUGCACAAGAGAACCUCAGCUAGUAAAGAGGCCACUGCUAAAUAUAAUUGCCGAGCAACAACCAUCAAAUAGUGAAAAUCUAGCCGCAAACGGAAUGUCAAGCUCUUUUGGAAAGGAGCGAUCAAGAAAGAAACUAGACUUUCAAGCUGACACAAAUGGUGUAGCUGUAUCAACGUUUUGGAGGCAACAUGGAACAUUUUCUACAAAUGAGAGUGCAAAUCUUCAUGGGAAAGAAGAAAGGUCUGCUGAAAAAGAAUCAAAGAGCAGACAUUCCAAGAUGCAUCAUGUGGAAGUUCCAAAAGGCAGCUCACCUGAGAAUCAAGAAGUAGCAUCGGUUAAAAACCAUAUGUCAGACGUUGCAUCCAUGUCAAAGGGUCAAUGCACAACUGUCGCCAAGAAGAUCCAAAAUGAAGAAAAAUCUGUAUGUGCCUGUGAAAUGGAAAGUCAUAAACACAACUUAUUUGGAAAUCAGCUAGUUGUGGCACCCAGAAAGCACACACUAGAUCUUGCAGCAUUCAGGCCAAAAUCUCACAGUACACCUAUAAUUCCUAUGAGACAUGUUACUGCAAAUGCCCAUCCUAGUAUUCCAAUGGAGCUCGGCCCUGUGUUGUUACCAAGAAUACUUAAAAGAAUUGCACUGAAGUUGGAAGCACAGCCUGUCUCUUCAGACAUCAUUCAUGCUGCCAAAAAUGCACCGCAUAUGAGUUCCGCUUCCCCAUGCACACCAGCUCAAUAUCAACAGCACAGCAGAGCUACUUCGCACUCAUUAACAAAACAGAGGCAACAUAUAACACAUCCAGAUAACAUUGCUUCUGGAGGAGCUGACAAAAACAAUGAAUCAUCUAUUGGCAAGGCAGGCAAAGUUAUUUUGGUAGAGCAGCAAGAUGUUUGUAUUCCUAGACAUCAAGACUGUGAUAGUGCAAAACAGUUGUGUUUGCCAAAGCAUAACCGAAGCCAAGACUGCGCUGAAGAUAUGCAAGCCAGUGAAAAAUGCUUUGCACGACUACAUGUCUCCUUCUUUGAUGGUCAAAGUAGGCAUUUGGAGCGCAGUGUCAUCAACAAUGACAUGCAGAGUGAAGCAGGGUCUCCAGUCAUACCUAAGCUUCAGGAAAGUGGUCGUACAAGAAAAGGCAAAUUGGAUGCAUGCAGUGAAAGAGAGCAUCAAGUACUCGAAUUAAAGCUUCUGAAAAGUGGUCAGACAAAGAGCAGUAGGGAUGCACAGUGUGGAACAGAGUCGCCAAUCAUACUCGAGCUUCAGGAAAGUGCUCAAGCAAAGAAGCCCAGAAUGGACAAACAUGACCUGCCGAAGUCUUCAGCCAUAGCCAAGCUUCAAGAACGUGCUCAAAGGAAGAAGCGCAAAAAAGCCAAGGUUUGGGUUCGAGUUCAACUAUAUGACCAGCCUAAUGGAACGCGCUCAAAAGCUGAUGUGAACAUGUACGACAUCUACCUCACACUUGCACUUGAAAUAAUUGAAGAGAACAGACAGAAGUGUCAGUCAGACAAAGAAAAAACAGUUAUGAAGUGGUUUUAUGAAGAAGUUGCCAAGGAUGCCACUGCAAUUAUUGAUGAUGUCCAGCUGUACACCAAUGAGCUCUUCGAAUUGGAAAAGGAAGUGCAGAGAAUGAACGAUUUGUCCGAGCAACUUUACAACAUUGGCCUUGAAGUGCAAAAGUAUGUUAAGGAAAACAACAUCCAAGGUGUGGACCCAUUUCAGUUCUAUUUCGAAGGGGAACUUUUAUGAAUAAUCUGCAGAAAGUGCUGUAUGAAACAGAUUUAUUACCAUUUGUAGCCAUGCAGCAGAAAGUGGCUGCACAGAUUUAUGCAUAAUCUGCAAAGAAGUGUUGUAUAAAACAGGUUUAUUUCUAUUUUUAGCCAACUGACUCCACAGAAGCAUCAUUACAUUGCCAACAUAUUCUUUUUUUUUUUCGCAUUAAACUGUGGUGCAAAUAAGGUG